UCUUCAAAUCGCCAGCUACGUCGCAGUAGAGUCUUCUUGCUCUUGUACGUGAGCUUAUCGCUUCCUUCCGGACACAAGACCCACAAUGGUGCGUCCCUGCUUGCCCCCACACCUCCCUCUCCUUCCACACCACAUCAUCAGCCUUUAACGUCUCGUAUUAAUCGCAGGCGGAGCCUCCAAUGCGUGAGGAUUUCCCGCCCAUGAAUGGGCCGUACGGCCCGCGCGACGACUUCCGCCGCCGCAGCGACAGCCGCGACAACUACGACAUGCGAUUCCGCGGUCCACGUGGCCGCAGUCGUAGCCGCAGCCCGCGUCGUGGUCGCGGGGACUGGGAAUCGGGUCCGCGCUUCGACGAGUCGGGCCCUCCACGUCGUGACGCACGCGCGUCUUCUCUUCCUGAGCCCUUGGUAUCAUACAAAGUGUGGAUGAUGCGGCAAACGGACGAGUCGUCGCCCGAGGUGUACCAGCAGCGCUACGAGGAAUACAAGAAAAAGCACGUACAGCGUGUGUUGCGCGCCUUCUUCGAGCUGCACAAGCGCGACGAGUGGCUACAGGAACGCUACUCGCCGGCGCUGCGUCACCGCGUGGAGAAGCAGAAGACCACGCAGCAAAUAAACGAAGCCAAACAGUUCGGCGAGCGCGUGCGGUCCGGCGCGGCCAAGAUCUGCCUGGACGAACAGCCGCCCGCCGAGAACGGCGUCAACCCGCUAGGUGAAGACUUUGCCAAUGAUCUCGAGAACAGCGCGCGCGUCCUGUACGUGCGUCGUGUACCCUGUGCGUGUCCCGUUGGCACACUCAGUGAAGCCAUCAAGAAAGCCGGAGGGCCAUUCGUGCACUUAUACCUGUCGGAUCCAGUGAAGAAGAGCGCGUUCGACUUUGACCGCUCGGCGUACAUUAUCUACGAGAGCGCGGACGCUGCCAGUGACGCCAUGCCCAAGAUCCACAAUACCUUCGUGGAAGACGGCACCCAGUUCCCCCCGUUCCGUCUCCAGGUGUCUCCUCAUCGCGCGCGUGCACCGCUCAAGACCCCGUCGUAUCUGUCUGUGCCUGAGCGUUUAACAGCCGACUUUAAGCAGUCUCUUGCUCUUGCUAAGGCGCUGGACGCGCGUCUAUUCCACGGCGCUGAAGAGAAACUGGCGCGUUUCGGUAUUGAGGCCUUGUUGGCGUCCGAAGAAGUGACGCAGAACUACUCGAGUGAUAAGCAGAAGCUGGACGUCGUCGUGGCCUACUUGCGCCGCGUACACCACUAUAUUUAUUAUGCAGGUGUGCAGUGUCUCGACAUGGGUGACAUCAUGCACGCUCACCCCGCGCUCUUCUGCCGUCCGCCGCCUUCGGCGCGUGAUAUUGAGGAAGAAAAAGCUCGACAGGAAGCUGCGGCGAAACCAGAGGACGAAGCUUUGACGACGGAGAACAAGGACGAUGCUGCGAACACCGAAGGGGAAAAGGAACCGACAGCUUCAGGACCUUCUGGUGAGACUGCGAAGGCUAUCGGUGGAUGGGCCGCUGCGUUGGAUGAGAAGGUGCAGGCGUACUUGAAGGAAUUGGCACCUGAGGUCGUGGAGACUAAGCGUGCUAAGGAACGUGCUCUGGUGGACGAGAUUGAAGCUCGCGAGGAGGCUGCGCUGGAAAGCACGUACUCGAACUAUGGAGAGAAGGCCAGUGAUGAUGGUAAACACCGUUGUCGUCUGUGUACGAAGCUGUUCAAGGCCAUGGACUUUGUGAAGAAGCACAUUCGUAACAAACACCCAGAGCUCGUGGUGGACAAGAUCGCUGAGGUGGGCGAAAGCUACAUGUGGGAGCAAUACCGUGAGGACGAACAGCACCCGAUGCCUCCGCUUGAGACUAGCAACAGUAUGCCCGGUGGUGCUGUGCUGGGUGGACGCGCAGGAGGAUCCAACGGUGGCCGCAAUGGCGGAGGUUACCGUGGACGACCCGAGAGAGACUUUGGAGGCCGAGGAUUCUACCGUGACGACGGCUAUCGGGGUCGUGGCCCUCCCAUGCGUGAUGAUCGGGUGCGACGGAGUUCCUUUGAUCGUCCGCCGCGCUCGCCUCCUCGGUACAACGGCGGUGGCUACGGUCGCUCGCCUUCACGUGGCCCCCCGUCUGGCCCGCCUCGUGUUCCUGACAGCGAGUUGCCGGUGGAUCCUCGCCAAGUGUCGACGUCGUACCGUGAUCUUGACAACUUACAGGACACUAAGGUGGAGUUGAGCUUCGAUGCUCUUGACAGCUUGCCGCCUCCCAAGAAGAAAACCAAGGUGUGAUGACACUGUGCGACUCCAUCAAGUUGAGGGCAGAGCUGCCCCAUGCAAACCACAGCUAACCCGAGCGCUGUAACGAGCAUACUCCAGAAAAUCGAAAACCCGUCGAAAGUGGCGAACAGAAUGAGGCAGCAGAAUCUAUUGCGCAGCAGUUACGUAGUGAGAGCGACGGGGAGUUUUCUAAUUUGUGCCGGCGCUGACUAUGGAGGAGGCUGCUGCGAUUUGGCAUUUUGAAAGAGCUUUGUUGUAUGUGAGACCAAUAAAAAUGAAGAAACAAACUACUCACAGAAUACCUAGCGCUUUUUGCGCCUUGUCUUCUGCUUGUGUUGUACUCAUGAAUCAUGC